UUAUUUAUUUUAUUGUGAACUGUUGCCGCUAAGAGAAUUUGUUGCGCAUAGAUAGAAAAUUCGUCGCAUUUCUUAUUCGAAAAUAAUAUGUUUUAAGAAGUUUUUGUGUAAUAAAAAGUUGCAUUAGUUUAGAAAAGAAAUAUGCCAGGUGGGAGUGUAAAAAAACAAAGUGGAGGAAUCGAUUUAGCACAGAAGAAUAGCAGUAAUAAUUCUGGACGAAGUAUAAGCAACUCAUCGGGGAGUAGCAGGGCGCGCAAAAGAAAGCGUUGUGAAAUCAGGAGGUUUAGCGGGAGUGAUUUAGAGUCGGAAUUAGAGGACUGCAAUUUUGAAGAUGCUAUUGCUCUUGAAAAGAAACUACGUAAAGUGGCAAAAGAUAAUGAUUUAAAUGAUGAGGAGAUGCGACGUUUGUUGCAGAAAUUUGUAAAAAACGAACACAUUUUGGCUUUGGUCACUCUUCAAGCUGAAGACGAAGUGGCACGAGAACGAGAAGAAACUGAACAGCCAGCCAUUAUAAUCACCGAUACACCAUCUGUACCAAAAUUGACGCGCGCAAAAGCCCGGGAGCUAAAUAAAACUCCUGGAAUUACAUUGUCCACGUCACACGAAAGUAAAGAGCCGGAGAUCUCAGCGCUUAUACAAGAUGAGCUGCAUUCUGACGAAGAUGAUGAGGAGUAUGUAUUUAAGGAAGAGGAUUUCGUUUCCGAUGACGAUCCAAACACUACUGCCUCAGAUCUAGAUUCCAAUCCACGCACACCACAAACACCGUUAUCUCAGGCAGAGGCCGAGGAUUCACCCGUAAAGCUUACAGCUGAUGGCUGUUUUAAAAUACCUUUAGAAAAACCUAAAGAUACGCGAGAGGAUGUACGUAUCGCGGCACGCACGCGCUCCAAGUUAUGCCUGGAACAAAAGGCAAUCGAAGAUAUCGAAUCGGAGUUCGUGCCGCCCGAUGUGGAACAGAUCGACUUAAAAGAUCUAGAUAUGACAGGGAAUGAUGAAGAUUGGAUGCAGUUUUUGAACGAUUUUACAAAGCCAUUAAACUCGAGUUUCAUAACAGACGACGACGACCCCAUCAAUGACCCCGAAUAUGUAGCAGCGGAUAAAAUACCAGAGGAUGCGGAAGAGCUACGCGACAUUGAUAUACCCAGAAAGGAGCUUACUGAGUUGGUUGCGGAACUCUUCGAAGGUCUAAUGAAUGAAGGUGUAUCGCUUGAAAGUGUCGAAUUGGAUACUCCACAAAAGUUUUUGCAAACUAACUUGCAGGAGCCAACCAUUACUGAUGGAAAAGAUCGUAGCGCUGAUGUUGACAAAUUACCUCCGGCGACCGUUGGUAACGCUGAAUGUGAAGAGCGCAGUCAAGCAACGCGACAACUCAAUUUUGACAUGCCAAUACAGCAGGUCGAUUACAAUCCGCUGCAACUGCAGCAAGGAUACCCAUCCGACGUACCUCCCUUAGAUACAUUAAGUAACGUAGUAAAUGUGACUCAAAAUGAUUGCACCUUUCAUCCGGAAGUCAUGUCCACUCCAUGCCCCGCCAACCGCAUAGACAACAGAUCAACACAGCUACAAGUACCAGUGGCGUACAAAGAUACUCCCAAUGAAGGUGCAAGUCAUGUUGUAACGCUGCCCCUUUCUAACUUAAAUUUGAAUCCUGAAUGGAUAGCUGUUAAAAUUCCAGGCCAAAAUAAUUCCUAUCAAUUGGCACGAGUUGUACCAUCUGCCAACAUGCUUGAACCACCGCCGCUAGUUAAAAUACAGCCACAAAUAGCACCAGAACCUCUCCAGCAGCAACCGCCAACUCCACCGCCUCCUGCGGAUACACGGUACAGUGUGCCUUAUGACACAAAUUUCACGGUGGAAUAUAUUUCUAUAAGGAAGCAUGUCUAUACUGAAUAUAUAUCGAAAUUUGAGAAUCUUCGUAAUUUGCCCAGCAAGCCCACCCAAGUAGAGGAGCUGCCAAGCAACGCAGUGGGCUUCACAAAAUUCCAACAUAAUAUAUUGCAGCAGCAGUUGCGCAUACAUGUACAAAUGCUAACGCAAACAUUCAUACAAAGCUACUCCCAUCCGAACUAUUGGAAGCUUGCACCGAAAGCGAGAGGAAUGUUGGAGGAGAUGGAACAAAAAGCACUAGAUGAUGCAUCGUUCCGAGCGUGGAAUCUUAAACCCGCCUUGAAACUUAUAAGACAGUGGGAGGAGGAAUUAAAUAAAGAUACUUUGGAAAAUAAAGAGAUGAUGGAAUUUAUACACACCGAAAUCGACCACACCAAGAGCAAUUGCCGCCAAAUUCCACGUUUUCCGCCACGUAUUAUGGAUCUAAUACUAAAUAGCAAGGUCUUCAUGUAUCCACAAUACUUGCCUCGUAUACCUUUCACAACCAGUCAUUGUUCCUAUGAAGUUUUUUCGCCUGCUGAAAUGCAACUUAUUGCUAUGGGACUGGAAAAGCACAUACGACGUAUACGCGAAACGGGUGAGCGUGUAUCGAAGAAAACCACAGAACUAAAGACUGCUGUGUUGCGUCUAGCUAAGGACACAGUGUUUGGUAAAUCAGCAAGACGUAUAUGGUCUCGUGUAAAAGCUUUGAGAAACACCGAUUAUUAUAAUCCCGUAAAGUAUUACUUUGAUCACAAACGUGCUCCGCCCGUGGAACACAAGCUUAUUACUUUUGAAAACAAUAAAGUGCUGCCGCCUAAGAAUCGAUACGAAGAGCUGCCGUUGGCCUGGCAAACGCACUUGGAUGAAAAACGCACUAAAAAUAGAAAGAAAGGAGUAAAACCAUCCGCAGCAGCUGGCGCUUCAUAUUUGCAGUUCGUACGCGAGGCUUUAGGUGAAGAUAUAGAGCUACCUGGUAGCGCAGCUCCGGCUGCAACACCAGACGACAAGGUAGCGAACCCUUCGUUGUUUGCGCCAAAAGAAACUAAUAUCUUAUAUAAAAAGCGUUCGAAAAGAAAUUUUGCCAAUAGUGUGACGAUAAAUGUGAAUUACCACUUCAGUGGCGUCAUAUCGCCCAACACUACAUCUACACCUGCACUACCGGCAACUUCUCCUACCAAUAAAAACACAUUAAAUACCACUGAGUUAGGCUGCACGGCAUUGGCAAGUACGCCUCCCGCAGCAAAUUCAACAUCAAUAUCAUUUAAUUACGACUGGAAUACGAAAACUUUGGAACCUAUUAUUGAACCGAAAAGAAAUGCAACAUUUGAAAAUCCUGCAAAUCUCCAAAUUAUACCAAAGCAGCGAGAAAUAAAGGACGUACGAUUGCGGCGCAAAUUACGAUUUCCUGGUCUAUCCUCACGAAGCCAAUUGAGCACCUAUCGUUACUGUUCAAGAAGACGGAAAACUAGCACAUAUACGCAUAGACGCAGAAGUAGAAGGCACCUGCAGAAACGUUGUAUCAAUCUAUUAAGCACGUAUAGUGCUAAUUUAAAACAAAAAGAACUUUUCUACAAACGUGCGCCAGUUGUGCUACAAGUUUAUCGAUAUUUUAAGGCUUUAGAAUUAUAUACCGAUUUAUUAGAUCAACUAAAAAUGGCUUGUCGUAAUGCUCCGACAGACGGUGCUGGCUGUGGUUCUACUGCCAAUGAGCAAGCAGUAGCAAACAGUGCUUACAAUUCAUUGCACCAUUCACCAACGUCGAAACAACUUGUGCAUUGUGGAUAUUUUGGAAAACGCACUCGCGCUCAGCUCGCGCAGCAGCAAGCACUCGAAGAUGAGUCGAGUGUGUGCUCACGCAGCAAAAAAGCCAGUCGACAAGAGGAAAACUUUAAGCACAUGCUUUUGCCGGAUAGCGCUGAGGAUGCAAAUCGUAAAGAUGCUAUUUACGCUUUUAACUUUUACGAGAAAGUGGAAGAAACAUUCAAGGCUUCUAACCGUCCGGAAGAUUGUAAAAAAUUCAACCACAUUCUUAAAACGUUCGAUCCGCGAAGAGACAAGGUUUCGGAUUUGUAUUAUAAAUUAGAAGGUCUCUUUCUACCUGAGUACCCUGAACUAGCACAGGUAUUUCUCACAUUUUUGCUACCGUCUGAAGCAGCGGAUAUCGGAAAAUUCUUCGAGCAUUUCAUGAUUAACAACAUGACAACAUUCAUCAAUAAAUUGAAUAUAUAUUUCAAUAAACAACCUGCGCAAAUACGAAAAAUCUAUAAUUGUCUUACGGAACUGGCGGAGGAUCCGGAGGUUACUAUAAAAAAGGUGGAAUCGAAAAUAUUACCACUACUCAAAGGUAACCAAUUUCUCAUCGAUUGGUUUUUGCAACAGUUUUCUGAAGCUCAACCGCCAGAGAGAAUAUUCUCCCCACCAGAACAAAUAAAUUUGAAAGAAAUUGAAAUCAGAUCUAAUUUGUAUGAGUCUCUAAACGAUCCUCCUGAUGCUGCAACGCCGUGCUGUGAACUGCAACAGCAGCACCAACAACAACAAAAUCAAGCACAAAACUGCCAGCUGAGGUACAUAAACGGUCGUAUCUUCUACGGCAACAAAAUGACACUGCCGGCUAAACUCUCCUUUAUGGCCAGCAAUUAUCAGCAGGAUAGUAUUAAUGAAUGUGAUGCCGAAGAGUUGGCCGACCAACCAAUGCCUGAGUGCGUGCAUGGCAUACGUGAGCAUGGCGAGAAGCGACUGGCAGCAGCUGUAGACAAAGCUGCCGCAGCAGAUGCUAACAGUGAUGACAAUGAGAAAUCUGAAGAAGAAGAGGUUUCUAAAGCACUUAUCAUAGAUACUGCCAAUGAGGAGGACAGCAGUUCAUCCGUGGAAACCUGCGACGACGCCGCGUUACGCGCGCAUGCUAUGCGCCUCAAUCCCUCCUAUUAUAGCAGCACAUGCUUUACAUCCAUUACCAGCACACCCAACGCCAAUAGCUAUCAUGCACCCCACCAUCCCAACGCAAAGAAAUCAAUGAAUUUCAACGACGAUGGCAAAGUGAUAUCACCGCGCAAGCAUUCAACACCGGGUGCUACAUGUGUCGCCGCCGCAAACCCCGCCAGUUUGACACCCACACAAUGUCUUUCGCCUAAUACUGUUGCAGGAUUUAGCAGCGCGUUAACAGCUCCAUCCGCUGAUAAUGCGGCGGGUGGUAUCGAGGGCAAUGCGAAUUCACAAAUAUUAACAUUACAGCAAUUACGCGAUCGGCGCAAAUCACCUACCAAAAAGAGCAGAUCGCCUGUGGGCGUAACGCGUGCGCGCGCAAGCGGCCAAAUGCAACCAAUGGUUGUUGUGUACGAACAAAAUUCAGCAAUCGCUUGCGCCAAGAAACUGCAAUCAUUGAUUGAUGAGAGUGAAAUUGAUAAUAAAGAUCGCCUUUCAAUAGUUGCUUGCUCCAAGAACGCCAGCAAUGCUAGCAUGGAGUUGCAGAAUGCGGAUGGGAGCAUUGUAAUGCAAGCACUCGAGCAGAGGUCAGCAUCGCCGCAUACGCCACCAUUGCUCACAGUUACUAAAGUUGAGCAUGCUGAUAAUUCAGAUGAUAUGGAAUUUAUACCAGAAAAUUCAGAAGUAGCGCAUACGUUUUCGCAAACUUGUUUCGCUGCGCUGGAACAACCACAAGUUGUUGAAGAUGCAAAUAGGAGUAAUAUUACAGCUGCUACGACAACAAUAAUAACGCUGACGCCUAGUGUGCCGGAUAAAGCCACUACAAGUGAACCCUAUACUGAGGACUGUAAGUUGGAUGUUGUUGCUACACUCUCCGCCUCAACGACGGACACUACUGUCUCAACGUCGAAUGUAACUCAUACGCCGCGGCAAACGUCUAUCCCUUGGCGGCGCGAAGAGGAUAAACUCAUAUUAAUUGAGAUGAAAUUGAGUGCGGGCAUAGCGCAGGAGCGGCUCUUCGAAUGUAUACGCGCCAAGCUGCCGGAGCGUUCUGUGAACGAAAUAGAAGAGCGUUUUCACUUUCUAAUGGACUUUUUGUCAAAAUUGCAAGGCAAAUAAACUAUCGGCAUUUUACUUUACUCAAUAUUUCCUUCUUCAAUAAAAUUUCAAUAUUGUUUUGAAUCCUAAAUGAAA